AUGAAUGAACAACAAACAUUUCUCAUGACUACUACAAAUUCUGACGUCGCUACUGAUGAUGGUGAUGCCGCUGCUAUUGAUACAUUGAAUGUUGUCAACAAUAAUUAUUCACCACACAAUUCAUUUACAAAUCAUACUGAGCAAGAAAAGAAAUUUGGACAUGAAUUGGAUAAUGAAAUUAAUAACAAUAGUCUUCAAGAUGAUGAACAAUAUCAUCAUCAUCAUCAUCAUCAUAUGCAAGAUAUGAUAAUUGAUCAGAAUGAUGUUGAUAAUGUGACUGAAGAUACUGAUGAUCAAGAAUAUCAGGAUGAUAUUAAUCAAUCGAAUAAAAUGGAUACAAUGCAUUUUAAUUUCUCACUUUCUAAUCCAAAUGAUUCUGAUGAUUCAUUGAAACAAUUGACAAACAUAAGUAAAGAUAUUGGCAAAUCAGUUUAUUCCAAAUCCAAUAAUAAUGACGACAAAAGACCAAGAAAAUUUGUAUGUCGUUAUUGUAAUAAAGCAUUUAGUUUAAUGAAUGUUCUCAAAGUUCAUGAAAGAAUACAUACUGGAGAAAAGCCAUAUGUUUGUGAAAUAUGUAAUAAAGCAUUUAACCAAAGUGGUUCAUUGAAUCGUCAUAAGAAUACUCAUUCUAAGCGUAGCAGUGAUAAUCGUAGUUAUUCGUGUCGAUUUUGUCCACGUCAAUUUCUUCAUUCUAGUCAAUUACAAGAUCAUGAAACAGUAGAGCAUAGUAUGGAAAUGAAUAUAUCGAUUACAAAAUCAAAUGAUACCAGAGUUAUUGAUUAUGCUGUAACAUUAGCAACAUCUUUACCAACUAUGACAGCAGCCAUAACAACAACAGAAGGAAUAACAGAUGACUGCAAUAUAUUGAAACAAAAUCAUUUAUCAAGUCAACUACUUUAUAGUAAAUCACUAAGUAAUAAUACUCCGAAAUUUUCGUCUUCGGAGCCUAACAAGCAUAAUAAAAACUUUGACAAAAAUAAUAAUAACAUCCUUAAUAACAACAUAGAUAGUAGUGAUUUAGACAAUCCUAAUCCAAUGUCAAUUUUGAAUUCUGCACAAAAUCAUUUUGAACGUAAUGUUAAAAUUCCUGGCGCAUCAAAUAAAUUUCCAUUUCCUUAUGGUUUAAAUUUGAUUAGUAAAUUUUUAUCUCCUGGUUCAGCAGAUGAAUUUAUUAAGUCAUUAGAUGAUAAUGUGAAUGGACAAUUGAGUCAUUUACCGAUAGCAACAACAAUUACAACAACAACGUCUUCAACAAUUGGUGUUACUGCAACCAAUACAGCUUCUGAUAUAAAUGUCCCAAAGAUUCAUAACCCCAUUAAUAAAGGAAUCAUUAAACAGGACUUUUUAGACAGUACAAGCACAUUCACUUGUACAUUAUGUUCAGCAAAUUUAUCAUCAAAGACCGAAUUAGAUUUACAUUGGGGUCAACAUUUUAUACAACAAAUGGAAGCUCAACUUGGUCCCAUAUCAAACAGUUUACUACCAUCAUCUUCGCUUUCAAAUCCACUUGGUGCAUUUCAUCUCAACUCAAAUACAUCUUUCAAUGGUCUUAAUUCAAAUUUGCCAUAUUCACAUAAUACUUUAAAAUCUAUUGAACAAACAGAUAUAAAUAAAAUUCUGCCAGAAAAUUUGAAUAAAACAUAUCCAUUUGAUAAUCGUUUAUCUAAUACAUCUAUGGAUAAUAUGUCACUAUUGAAUUCAGCUGAUAUUAAUUCAGCAGCAGCUGCUGCUGCCGCUUCUGCAGCUAUUGUAACAGCAUUAAGUCAAUUUUUGUUGGUUAAUACACCUGGACAGCCAUUACCAAACCCAACAUUGUUAGCUGCAACAGCCGCACUUACAAAUCCUGAAUUAUUAAGCACUCUUUUGAACACACUACCGUCUGAAAUUACUAGUACUAAUACUACUAAUAAUACUACUACUACAAACACUAUUGGUAAUAAUAAUAAUAAUAAUGAUAAAACACCAGCUGUUCCAACCAACGUAAACGAACUUAGUCCUAAUCACUUUACUAAACUAUUGAAUAGUUUAACUAAUAUAAAUAAUAGUUUAAAUUUUCCACAUGGUGCAACACUUUCCAAUGAUAUUGUUCAAAAGCUACUUGAUAUCGAUACUACUUCAUUUGGACUAAAAGAUCAUGCCUUGAAUUUUAUUAUAAAUAAGACAUGUAAUAUAUCUCCUGAUUCAUUGAACAGAUCUCCAACGUCUUCCUCAUCUGUAUCGUCAUCGUCAAUAUCACCGUUGGCUAUCACAUCAAUAACAACACUGGCGACAACAACUAUGACAACACCAAUAACUCAUAAUUAUUCUUCAUUGAAUCAUUUAAAUCAAAAACCGCCAUCAUCAAUAUCUACACAUUCAAUAUGGCCGUGUAAUUUAGAAUUAGAUUUUACAAAUCAUUCCAUUAUUAAUCCGCUACAAUCGAAUCGUGCAUUAAAUCAAUUAUUUACAGAAUUAGAUUCAAAUCUACCAAUGAAUAUGACAGCAACAACAAAUUCAUUUGAUCAACAAUUUUUAUCAACAUGUAAACAUAAUUACAUAACAGACAAUUCAUAUAAAUUAAACAAUUCACGUCAUCUAAGUGUUGACAGUGAGAAUUAUUCCAGUGAUCUUGAAGGUGGAGGUGAAGGAAGUAUCGGUGGUGGUGGCGGUGGUGGUGGUGGUGGAGGCAGAGGUGGAGGUGGAGGUGGAAAUUUAACUGAUUCCACAUUAAGUGGUAGUUUCAAUGCACCGAAAAGAAAGCGUUCUAAUUCACCAAAUAAUUCAACUGAUAAUAAAUCACGUAAAUGUAAUUUUUGUAAUAAACAAUUUAAUUGUACAAGUGCCUUAAGAAUACAUUAUCGAAAACAUUCAGGUGAACGUCCAUAUAUAUGCCGACAUUGUGGUAAAGCUUUCUCACAAAAUGGUACAUUAAAACGACAUUCACAAACAUGUAAAGCUGCUUAUAAUAAAACUAACAAUAAUCUUUGUAAUUCUGCCAAUAAUUCCAAUGAGAAUCGUGAUGGUCAUUUCGAUCAAACAUUCCCCAUAUCUAAUUCUACUACUUCGUCUACUUCUACUCCUACUAUUACACCUACUAAUUAUCAAUCAUCAGUAAUUAUGAAUACCAUGAAUAAUAUCACUGAUCCAGUUAAUAAUUUGAAACCAUCGAAUUUUUCCACAAUAUUAUGUGAUCCAAUUGAUGGAUUAUCGGAUUCUGAAAAUCAACUCAAUUUAUCACAGUCAAUGAGUGGUAAUAUCCAUCAUUUAAGAACUUCUACUACUACUACCACUGCUACUACAACUACCACUUCACCUACUACAGUCAACACUAUUCAUGAUACUAUGACCAUUGUAGAAAAGAACAAGACUAAUAUAAAUCAACUAACGAAUUCAUAUAAUUAUUCUGAUCAAACUGAAAAACAAUUACAUAAUUCGGAAGAAACAAAAAUUUGGGAAAAUAGUAAUAUCAAAUUUGAUGAAGAAAAUUGUUUACUUUUGAAUAAGACAACACUUUCAUCAAUUGUAACAACAGGACAAGAAAGUGACAUUUCCGAUCAUUUAAAAAAGCAACAACAACAAAUUGUAAAUGUCGGUUCAACAUUCAAUACUGAAAAUCAGUCAACCACACAUUGGUCAAAUUUCGAUUGGACAAAAUUAACUAAUCAUGAAAUUAAAUUAUUGUUAGAGAAAUUACAUUCACUCGGUAAACUAUACGGUUGUAUUGAUUGCCAAACGUUUUAUUUGGAUAAGAAUAUGGCAAAUUAUCAUUCGAGUAAUAUGCAUGGUAAUUUCAACGAUCAAUCAUCAUCAUCAUCAUCAGUAGGCAAUUGUAAUAAAAAAUUUGAAUGUUUUCUAUGCGGUGUAGAUUUAAAUAAUCCUUUAUUAUUUUUGGAACAUUUUACACAUUGUUUAUCAUUGAAAAAAUAUAAUGGAAUAGAUUUACUGAUGACACCAACUACUACUGAGCCAUCAAUUAUUCAAUCUGAUAAUAAAACCAUUAAUGAUAAUAAUAAUAACAGUAAUAAUAAUAAUGACGAAAAGUGUAAUGAAUUGACUGAAUAUGAAGAUGAAGGCGUCAGUGAACAAUUAUUGAAUGAAACAAUACAAACUACAAAAGAUACUACUUCACAAGAAUCACAUACUGUUAAAUUAAUUACAGACAAUACUAGUGAUAAUGAUAAUAUUGAUCAUGAUCCUAUAUCGAUAAAUGUAAAAGAUCAAACAGAGAUACAAGUGAAUGGUUAUUGUAUGGAAGAUAUAAAACAAGAACAUGAACAGUGUGAUGAUAUGCAUACAUCAUCACCAUGUAGUGUAGUAUUCUCUGAUUCUGUUGAUUAA